AUGGCUAAAUUAGUUUAUGCAUUUCUUCUAAUGGCUGUCACAGCUUUUGUGAUCCAAGAUGUUUAUGCUGGUGGAGAAGGAUCUCUUCAUCCUAAUGAGUGUGCGGGAGCAUGUAAUGUGCGAUGUUCAGCAACUUCAAAUAAGGAGAGAUGUUUAGAGUAUUGUAACAUUUGUUGUGCAAAAUGUUUAUGUGUUCCAUCUGGAACAUCUGGUAACAAGGAAGAAUGUCCAUGCUAUAAUGACUUGAAAAAUGAUAAAGGAGGACCCAAGUGUCCCUAG